AUGUCAUACAUCGCGAAAACACAUACGAAUAAACAUCAAUGUAAUAAGAUGUCAUUGAAUUUAAACAUACCAGAUAAUGAUCCCUUUUCCAAGAAACAACCAAUUCGAGCACGUCGCAGACGUUUACAAGAAUCGUCACGUCUUGGACAAAGAAAUUUUCAUCCGGAACUCGAAGCUUUACCAUUAUUGAAAGAUACGCCUCCUGACCAGCAAGAUAAAUUAUUCGCAGCGAAAUUGAAACAAUGUUGUGUUAUCUUUGACUUUUCCGAUUGCGUCAGCGAUUUGAAGAGUAAAGAAAUCAAACGUGCAUGUCUGAAUGAAAUCGUCGACUACAUAACAGUGACAAGGAAUUAUUUAACAGAGAAUAUCUAUCCCGAAGUGAUAAACAUGGUAUCGAUUAAUCUCUUUCGUAUUUUACCACCACUUGGUUCGGAUAGUAACACAUCGGAUGAAACAGGUGCAGAAGAUGAAGAACCAACAUUAGAAGCGUCUUGGCCACACACACAAAUAGUUUAUGAAUUUUUCUUACGAUUUUUGGAAUCUCUUGACUUUCAACCGAGCAUAGCAAAAAAAUAUAUCGAUCAAAAAUUUGUCUUACAAUUACUGGAAUUAUUCGAUAGUGAAGAUCCACGCGAACGUGACUUUUUGAAAACGAUUCUUCAUCGAAUUUAUGGCAAAUUUCUCGGCUUGAGAGCUUUUAUUCGAAAGCAAAUCAAUAAUAUUUUCCUCAGAUAUAUCUACGAAUACGAACGAUUCAAUGGCAUUGCCGAGCUUCUUGAAAUUCUCGGAAGUAUUAUCAAUGGUUUUGCUGUGCCUCUAAAAGAAGAACAUAAAGCAUUUCUCGAACGUGUACUUCUACCAUUGCAUAAAGCACAUUCAUUAAAUUUAUUUCAUCCACAGUUAACUUAUUGUGUUGUACAAUUCAUUGAAAAAGAUCCAGCACUUGCUGAGCCAAUUAUCAAAGGUUUACUUAAAUUCUGGCCGAAAACAUGCUCAACUAAAGAAGUUUUAUUUUUGAAUGAAUUGGAAGAAAUUCUCGAUAUAAUCGAUUCGCAGAUAUUCAAAAAUAUUUGCACAAGUCUUUUCAAACAAAUCUCACGAUCAGCUACAUCAUCACACUUUCAAGCAUGUCCACCGAAGGUUGCUGAACGUUCAUUAGCAUUAUGGUCCAAUGAGUAUGUUGUGCAAUUGAUUGAAGAAAAUUUAGAGCAAAUUUUACCUAUUCUUCUCCCACCUUUAUGUCGAAUAUCUAAAACGCACUGGAAUACGAACAUAAUUACUUUAACUUAUAACUUAUUGAAGAAUCUCAUGGAUAUCAACAAAAAGUUAUGCGAAGAUAUUUUAAAUGCACUGCGAGAAGAUGAACAAAGGUCGAUGGUUAAAGAACAAAAUCGAUCGAAUCUCUGGAAACGACUUGAACAAUUAACUUCAGACAAACAACAAGAAUGA